CCCAAACGCGUUCUGUUUUACUCUUCGGGGUACGUUGCGUGUGGCGGCGGUGAGCGUACCUAGCAACGGCCCUAGCAACGUGUUAGUAUAACAAAGGGCGUGUGUUCAUUGAUUGAGAUUGCAACAUGGCUACAGAAGUGCAAGUUUCGCGGAUAGACCUGCUGUCAAGACCUAAACCGAUCCCACCGGGGCAUAUAGAAGACAGGCGAUCUGUCUACUGGAUUGACCGCGCCCCACCCACAGUCGGGCCCGAUGGCAUCACCAAAUGUCGUAUGAACAAACAUCAGCUGUCACUGGUGAAGGUCAAGGACUUACAUCCAGAGUACCUGGGAGACAGGCCGACCUCAAUUUGGGCGGUGAGUCUCGGAGCGCUAAGCGCCAAACCUCGCCCUCGGCUAGACGUCCUCGCCCGACCGAAGGCCCUCCCGGCAGACUACCAGCCCAAGAGGUCAGUCUACAGCACCGUAUCGGACGGCGCCAAGAGAUUCGAGGCAACCCAGCGACUCGAGCAACUCGCCGCACCGAAAACGUUUGGCGAGCUGAAGAUCAAAGGCGACACGGAGUGGGAUUGGGGCGAAUGGCAGAGCGAGAUUCCGCCCGCCGCCAUGAAAGCAACCGCGACGCCGCGAGUGGAAACAUUGGCAGAAGCAAAGCGGUGGCACCCAGAGUUUCUCGCAAACCGCACCGUACAAUGGGCUGUCUCGGAUAAGGCGAAGUCAUCAAUCGCGACCAUCCGGCUCCAGCAGCUCUCCCGGCCGAAAAGUCGUGGCGGUAACGACGAUUAUGACCCGUACAAGGUUCCGAGGGCUGCACUGCUCGCUCAAGCUUCUGCGAGAAUCAGCGAGCUUUGCACACCAAUUCCGAGAAAAGUCCGUCAGAAGAAGGUCGUGUAAACAUCAGGGACAAGCCACUUUUACCUGGGGGUGGGGCAAUCUCUACUUCAGCAACAGUAUUUUUACGUUUUUUUCCACUUUCUGAAAGUGCACUGGUUUUCCAAACAAAUCUCAACCCACCCCACCCCAGAUCAAAUGUGGUAUGUUCCAGUGUCAUUGCUGCUAUAAGGUUGAAAAGGGGAUUUUUCUGUCUAUCUAUCUUCUCGAGGUGAUUUUUGACAGAAAACAUUCUCAAAACAACUUUGUCACUUGUUGCCACAGGAGUUUGUGUCCAGUUGAGAUUAACGUACAUUUAUUUAGUUGAAGUUAGAAAAGAAGUGAUUUACUUGCACUUUUUGGGGUAGGGGAAAGAAAUUACUUAACCCAUUGAAUUUUCACACUAAUUCUGAGGGACCAAUUUUGUAUCAUAAAUUUGAUAUGUCAGUUUACAUUUUUUUUGGAAUAGUGCAGAUUGAAAAUCAUUCCUUAUAAUUGAUCAUGUGUCUUAAAUUUUCUCUCUACGACAGUUAAGAAUUUCAACCGUGAAUAAUUUAGUUGUUUUCUCGUGAAUUCUUGGUGUCAUAAGUCGUUUGUGUUAUGUGAGGUUGAGCCAUGACAACUAUUGGUGUAGGGACAGUUUUGCAAGGACAGGAAAAUGAGCCUGGGUACCACCCAGUUUUGAAUAGUCUAAGAUUGCUAUAAUACUGGUGUGAGCAAGUUAUUGGUACAAGUGUAAACUACAGGAUGAUACCUAGGCUACAUGUACAUCCAGCAAUUGCAUGAAGUGACUAAAAAUUUGUUUAUGAUAUCAUUUGAUGAUAUUGCAAAAUCAUCCCAAUUUUUGUUUAUAUUAUUAUUAUCAUACCCUUAAGGGUCACUGGCUAAUAUGAAUUUUUAUUGUGGUGAUAUUGGCCAAAGUCCACCAAACAAAUACUUUAAAUUGAAUAAGACUUUUCCUGUCCCUGCAAGGUGUGGGUAUAUAGUUGGGAUACAAGCAAUAAUACAUUGUAACAUUACUUUCAUUUAGUUUUUUUUCUUCUUCAGUUUUGUUUCUCCUUUUAAUGGUUAGUAUUUAUUGUUAAUGGUGGGAUGAAAUUUUUUGUUCAUUUAUUAUAUACUGUUUCAGUUAUAAAGCAACUUGUAUGUAAAUUUGUUUAUCAAAUUGGUGUAGAAAAAUCAAAUUUUCCAAAUAAUUCCAGUUCCAACAUCAAAUAACCCAUUGAUGUAACACAAAAAUUUGACUUUUUUUUUUUUUCAAAAACAGGUUUGAAAUAUUGGAUUGUGAAGCGGCUUUUGUGUUUUUACGAAAAAAGCCACACUGAUCAAAUUUUGUCUAUGCAACUUGACCAAUUCAGCAUUACAAUUUGUUUGGUCGUGUUUUGAAAAGAGAGUUGUUGUUUUCUAGCUGCUGUAAAGUAUUCUGCAAAUGCUAGCUCCAAGUAACAACCGUUACAUGUAUGUUUUAAGCUGCUGCUAUGAGAGCCUUUGUACAAAGUUUUUUUUUUAACAUUUUAUUAUAGAUUUCAUGACAAUAAUUACAGAACACAGUUUUACUACCUUUGAAUGUAUGGGAACAGGAUAUCGUUUUAUGUGUGUUAUCAGCACUUUAACUUUGCAACUCGUAUAUGUAUUCAUAUUUUAUGUAUUUGUAACAAACUUUUAAGAUGGUGAUCGUUUAAGAAUUGACAUGUAUACAGUGAUUAAGGAUUUGGGUAUUUUUCAUUUUGAAGGGUACAGUGGCCAGUUUUAUGAGUUAAUUGCACAUUUUGGUGUGAUAUUUUGAAACAAUGUUUUGGAAAUAGACUAUAUAUAAACAUACACUAACACAUACUGUGAUUAUGGUUAUACAAAUAUCUGUAUAUUCACGUGUAAGAAUUCAGUAUCCUGUGCAUUUUGUUGCAGUUUGCAAGCACAAAAUAUGGUGUAAAUAAAACAUUUUUAACAAA